UGUUGGUCUAUAACUCAGUGUGCGAGUAUCGCCGUGUAGCUUUUAUUAAACGACGUGAGGUAACAAUAAAAAGAGAACAUGAGCUUGCGAGGGGAUAUGUCAAUUAUACGCAACGGACGCUCUACUAGUCAAAUAUCAAUAUACAACUAUCCAGAACACCUUAAUCCGUUCUAUGAAGAUGACAAUCACAAAAGGUUGCGUUUCUGGAAAACUCAGAAGAAAGACGGCAUGGAACGCCGCAGUAGUUUUUCCUUAGAAAACUUACGUAAUAUAUGGUCUUUCAAGUCAUUUUCAAUGAAAAAGAAGUCAUCCACCUUGGGUAUAAAUAAAACAUCUGAAAGUCCUCCAAUGUUACGUCGAUAUGAUAUGAAUCGAAAUACCAUUGGACCAAUUCUGUCCAAUCGGACUGGAACUCACAGAAGCUCCCUACCAGAGGUCAACACACCAAACACGAGAGAUUCUGGAAUGGCUUUUAAUCGAAAUGAUCACACCCGAAAUACAAUUCAGUUCGCUGGCUAUCGAGCUUCCCAGACUCCUCAGCCCAUAAGAUCCAGUUUUGCCAGCGCCAAUCCUUUUGAAAACGAAAACAGCUACAGUUCCAGAAGAAGUAGCAACCAAAUGGAUGGAAAAAGGACUUAUAGAAAAAACAGACGAGCACCUCCACCACCAAGUAACUAUAUGGUUAACAGUUCUGAGAUCGGAAACAGAGUUGAAGUAUCAAAACCAAGUUCUGAGAAUACAGAGAUAGAAGCUAUAGACAUUACAACGCUUACAAAUGAAAUAAAACAGUUUGUAAAUACUUCAGCGGAAUCGGAGGACCAACUUGAACAGAAAAUACCCAAAUCAGCAAAUGUUCAUGAUGACCGCACUACUGGCAUACAAACCGGGGGAAAAAGUCAACAUCCCAUUUCAUUAUCAAAUUCAAACAUACAUCAUAAGCAACACAUCGGGGAAAAAAGUCAACAUCCCAUUUUAUUAUCAAAUUCGAGCUUACAUCAUAAACCAAAUUCGGUGGACACUUUAAUGGAAUCGGAGAAAAAGCUCGAAUUGGAAGUGCCCGUAUCCGCAAAUAUUUCCGAUGACCGUACUAUUGUCACAAACGUUGAGGAACAAUCUCAAUGUCCUUUAAAACCCAAACGUAAUUCUGACGAAUCCGCAAUUUAUCAAUUUUCAAAUGAUAUAUCUAUGACUAAUGAUGUUAAUAGUAGCAAACAAAUCCAAAAUGUUGUAAGAGAAGAUGUUCAAGAUAACAAACACAGUGUUUUCGUUAGUAAUAGAGAUGAACUAAAAAGUGCACCAGCUGCUCAUACAAUUGUUCUGAAACAUCCACGCACUACAAGUCCCAUAAAUAUUGUAGUAAAUCGUUUAUCAACAUUUCAACAAAACCCUACCAAAUGUGUUAAUACAAGUCCCAAAGGUAAAUAUCAAUUUAACAGAGAACUACCACAAAUAGCUGGUAUUGAGAAUGAGUUGAAAAUUAAUGAAGAUAUCGAAAUAGUAGAAGAAAAUAUUGUACCAGUACAAGCCAAAGAAAGUCAGGUUGUUAGGCAAACUGUUAGUCCAGUAUUAACAUUUGAUGAUAAUUUAUCUGCUUCAUUGGAAAACUUAAAUGUCGCAGCAAAAGAAAACAAGACGCAUGAUGUAAUAAAAGAGAGUCUUAAAAAUAAUAAUAGUGCUGAAAUACAAAUGCCCGUAAUUGCUCAAAAUAGUGAAGAGAGACACAACGACCGACUGGGUGCAGUGUCUUCUACAUUCAAAAGCUUUGAUGACAACCUCAACAGAAAUGAAUCAAUAAAUAAAUCAUUUAAGAAAAAAUCUGUUAAGGAAAUUAUCGAUUCAAUUACUCGUAGUCAACAAAUACUAAAUGAAAGUGCAGCGAAGGGAACAAAAACUUAUUCAACAUUAAUAUUAGAAGAAAAAAACAACGCUUCACCCAAUAAUGUUGGCAGCUUCAAUAUAAAAAGUGAGCCAUUAAAGCUAAGCAAUAAUUCGCCAGAAAACGACUGUCUUACUGGCAUUCAAAAAAGUAAAAUUCAUAAAGUUGGUUUCCAGCUUAGAGAAUCAUCUCCAACAACAUCUAAUCUUGAUUGGAAUCCAGUUCCAAAACCAAAAAGAAAUAUUAAUAUUUAACUUAUUUAGUGUGUACAUUAUCUUUUGUCUAGAACUUUAAUGUGUAAAA